AUCGACACAGAUUUCUCAAAACUUGUGACGAGAGGUGAAAUUAUGUUUCAAUUCCACGUUUUCGCGUAUGAAUUCAUAAUUUUAUCUUUAUUUUUAAAAUCAACUAGAUCAUCUUUGACCGAUGUUACAUCAGAAACAUUUGGACUAAAUUUUAAUGGCGUCAUUGCUGCAUUUGGGGAUUUCAAUGCCGAUAAAAACAUCGAUAUUUUCAUCAUAACAGAUCAAGGUUCCAGUGUUCAAGUCCUUCUCACAUCCAUGGAAAAGGAGCCAUUUAAAAGUGUCACUUUAUUGAAAAACAGUAGCGACAUUGGGAUAAUAAGCAAUGUAGUUCCUGCUGACUUUGAUGGAGAUACACAGAUGGACCUGAUGGUCACUCGCAAAGUUACUUCUACACCAUACAGUGUUCAAGUUCAAAUAUACUGGGGCAUUCUCACCACAGAUAGUCUGGUACCUGAACCUUUGACUUUAUCAGAAGUUUUUGAUGACCAGCCUCUCUUACUAGAUGCAAAUGGUGACCUCAUACCUGAUCUACUUGGUGAACAGGGCGGAAAAUCUUAUUAUUGGAUAUUUAAUGAGGGAGUCAGAGGAAAUGUGACCAAGCGUGCUGUAUCAUCUGUAAACCUGAAUCUUACAAAGCCCCAGUCCAGUGGCUUUGUAGACCUGGAUGGUGACCUUGCUGCAGAUAUAAGUUUGGUGACAGACAAGGGAAUUGAACAGUGGUACAAUAUGCAUGGAGAGUUCCGCUCAAAUCAUCCUGUUCUUUCCUACCCAUCAGGGAUGAAGGAUGGUAUUCGGGGUCAGGCUACAUAUGUGGAUGUCGAUGGGGACAGUAAGGUGGAUGUGCUGAUGCCAAGCUGUGAAGGAGAUGUGUGUGACAUCUGGGUCCUGUCAAAGCUUGAGUGGCAGAAACUGAGUGUCAGCUUUGACUCGGGAGGUGGGACAAUGUGGAGAUUUGUGACGGCUGAUGAGAACCCUAGACAGAUGAAACAGCUACCUAUCACACUGAGGUCUGGGGACUUUGACCUGGACGGCUUCCCUGAUUUACUGGCUGUACUACAACACAAAAAGGAGGACGGAGAGGUAUUACAGAGAGCGUACAUUCUCCUGAAUGUUAGAUGUAGUGGAGCGGGGUGUGAGAAGUUCUCCAGGACGUACCGUGUGGCGUGGACUACCACCUUACAUAGUCCCUCAGACAAAGCUAUACUUGCCACCUUCUUUGAUUAUGAGGAAAAUGGCAUUCUGGAUGUCAUGGUAACAACUUACACAAGUAAGAAUGUGUACCAGACCAACCUGAUGAAGCACACAUUUGAACAAGAUGCCUGCUUUAUUAAAAUAAUGGUGACCAGUGGUGUGUGCUCUGAUAACUGUCCAGCUCACAGAAAGCCAUACGGUAUCAACCAGCCUGGUCCCGUGGCCAAGUUUACUACACUCGACACAAACGGUGACCCGCAGGUUGGUGCAGCCACCCAGUUGACACAGUCAGCGUACUUCUCCCUACAGCAGCCCUACAUUGUGUUUGGUCUUGGACAGACACCAAACUUUGUUGACAAGUUGUACGUUGGCAUUCCUCAUCCUAAUGGCACAGAUGUCAGGACCAGGAGUUGGUCAUCGGUCAUUCCUAACUCUCAACUCAUCAUUAUACCGUACCCGCACGACAAACCGUCCAGCUGGACAAACAAGCUCUUUGUGACUCCCAGUAAACUUGUACUAUUGACUGGUGCUGCCCUCUUGGGGACUUGUGGUUUCCUGGCAGCCAUUGUAGGGAUUUUACAUUGGAGAGAAAAGGUUGAAGAUAAAAAAGAGAAAUUACAAGAUGCCCACAAGUUUCACUUUGAUGCCAUGUAAACAUCACGAGGAAAUCCCUAUCAUUUUCCUGCCAGUUCUGUUGUGUUGAGGACUGAUCCAGUGUCGGAGAUUCCAGCAUAGUAACAGUUGGAGAAAUCGAUCUCAUUAUUGGUUUAAUCUGACUAUUUUAUUGUAUUUUUUUUAUACCCGUUUGCCUUUUCUGUCUAAACACCUGUACAUUUGCAUUUCUCUCUGCAAUGCUGUACUUGUCAUCAAAGGUAGGUUAUUGUGAAUACUUGGUCACAGUGACUGCCGUUUUCUGAUUAACUCACGUUUUUGAGACAUUGCAUUUGUCUCAUUUACACCUAGGUGGACAGAGACCACUGUAUUUAUCCUCAAAUAAGCCCCAUCCCCAGUGUUAGUAUCAACAUUUGGGGAGGGCUUUAAAUUUCCGAACCACUUUUAGCUUAUUUUUCUAAAAUUCUUUGAAGAAGGGGGCUUAUGUACCAGCAGGGUUUUAUUUGUGGAUAAAUAAGUAUGUUUUAUAAACAUUUCCUUGUCUGAUUAAGCCUGAUCUGAAAUGCAAAUUUCUAAACUAAUAUGUGCAAUAACUGGUAUGCAGAUUGAUUGUUCCAAAGAAUCAGUUCAGAAUAUCGCUUUAUGUUCAAGGGGAGGUAACUCCAAUAUUCCUUUGAAUAAAAUAUAAGGGUCAUUUAACUGAUCAAGUAAUAUGUGGGUGGUAAGGUUAUCUUUAAUCAAUAGGCGUUAAUUAUGAACAUGUACUAGUGGGAUUGAAUCAUACAUAUAAAUAUGUGGGUUUGUUCAAUUAAAAUAUUUUUUGGGUAACAUUUUUGAUCUCAUUUGAAUUCUGUUCGAAUGACAUUUCAUUUGGAACAUUGCUUACACAGAGUUUUUCCUUGCCUUCAAUUUUCUUCAUUAUUGCAUAAUAGCAAGCUAUGAAAACAUUCCUCUUUACUGUGAUAGAUUUCUGUAAAAAUCUGUGAUUGAAGGUUUAGAUAUAAGGUAGUGAAAAUGUCUUGAAUCUUGUGUGAAGUACAAUGUUAUAGUUGAAAGGUGGUUAUAUUGUCAGAGUCUUGAGUGAAGUACGAUGUUAUAAAAAAAAUAGUUGAAUGGCAGUCAAAUUGUCCAAGUCUCGAGUGAAAAGUACAACAUUAUAAAAGUUUAAUUGUAUCAUCGUCAAAUUGUUCGAGUCUUGAGUGAAGUACAAUGUUAUGAAUGUUUAAAUGUAUGGUUGUCAAACUGUUUGAGUCUUGGAUGAAGUAUAACAUACUAAUAGUUUAAUUGUAUGGUAGUCAAAUCGUCCAAGUCUUAAGUGAAAUGCAACAUUAUAUAAAAUUAGAUGUAUGGAAGUCAUAUUAUCGUAGUAUUGAGUGAAGUAUAUUAUGAAAGUUUGAUUGUAUGGUUCUCAAAUUGUCUGAGUCUUGAGUGAAGUGUAUUGUUAUAUAAAGUUUAAGUGUUGGUAGUCAAAUGAUACUAGCCUUUAGUGACCUUUUAAAGUUUAGAUACCUGAGAUGUACGAAUAAUACCCAAUGACUUUGUGUGUGAUAUAUGGUUUAUAUGGGGUUUUUAAAACAUAUUUCAUUUUAUUUUCUUUAAUAUGACAUUAUUAUACCUUUGAUUAUGAAAAAAGAAGCACUUCCUUUCUGUUGAGAUUAUUAUUUAAAGACACUUUAAGAACAUUGGAAGCACUGGUCUUAAUAACAUGUCAUUUGUAACUGACUUUGUAUUUGAGUUAGAAUUAUUUGUAAAUGUGUUGUGAUAAAUAGUCAUGUGAGCUCCUCACAAAUUAUUGUAAAAAUUUCAUGUCAAACCAUAUGUAUCCUCCUAUAUCAUGAUAAAUUAGAAUGACCAUACCGAGGGUAUUUAUAGUAAAAGCCAUGUAGACAUAAAAGAAUGUUUAUAACAAAGAAUAUUAUUUUAAAUUGUUUAUUUUAUUGUAGUAAUUGAGUCACCUUGGUCCAUCCUUAAGUAUUUAAAACAUAAAGAAUAAAUAACCUUUUAAAGUGAUACAUUUUAUACAUGUGUUGGUGAACUUCUAAGUAGUGCUAUUUCUUCCAGAGAUCCAGGUUGAUGUCUAACAGAAUAUAUUCAUAUAAAAUAAUGUAUUGCUGAGAAAAAAAGACAUGUGGAUUUAGUUAAACUAAAGUUUGCUAACCUUGUCUGACAGUAAUUACUGAACUGUGUUUCUCCUUUAGUGUGGCAGUGUUGUAGUGAUUGGAAUUGUCAUUUCUUACACCCCUUCAUUGGAAAACACAAUGGUUUGGGGUAAUGCUGCGUGUUUUGUCAACUGUUGGUGUCAUGUAUCUUCUCUCACACUCCAAAAAA